AUGGUUAAUUGUCUAAGUAUGAACCACAAGUGUUUUGGAACUCAAUGUUGUAAACCUACAAGUCCUGGGACUGGAGGGCCUGGAACAUGCCCGGUGUGGACUAAAGUGGAUGGAAGUGAGUCUAUUUUUAAUAUCUAUUAUAGGGGUUUUAGAUUUUUUAAAGGGGGAAAGCUGACAAGGGAAAAGCUGACAAGGGAAAAGCUGACAAAGGGAGGGGUGACAUUAAAAAUGAAAAAAUUUUAA